AUGGACUUUUACAAAACUGCAGCAUUUGCCACUCCCUAUGCGGAGAACAACUACCCUAUAUUGGUCGUGUUAAACGAGUAUCUUUACGUGAAGUACAGUGUGGAGUCCAGCGCCAACCUGGUGAUCAUGGCCGAAAACUGCAAAGCCACAAGAGAUGGAAGUUUCUACUCCUGGCCUUAUUAUACCAUUAUACAGAAUGGGUGAGUAUAACAUAUGUCUAGGAUUUGGGUUACAAGUCUUCCCUCAUUUUCCUCAGGGGAAGUUGAGCGAGCGAAAUACGUGAGCGCUUGUGAAAAUUGCCACACGCGGGAGAAGCGAGACGCGUUACACCUGCCUUGCGGUUGGUGAUUUUCACGCGCUCUCGCAUAUUUCGCUCGCUCUUAUCAUCACUGAGGAAGUACCUGUGGUCUAUUUCCGUAUCGUCUUCGUGUUGAUCCUUAAGCACGAUUUACGUCGUUUUUCCGGGUAUCUGAUCCUCCAUGAUUGAGGGCUGCAUUUUCCUCAACAGCGACUGGAAAUCGAGCCUCCUUAAUCCUUUACAGGGCUCAGAAGUUUGAUAUCAUCAUUCGCAACUGCUAUAGUAACAUAAAUUGUACUUCUGCGCUGAACUCGACGAGCCUUUGCGAGGGAGUUAAUCUUCAUCCUGGAGUAGAGUUUAUACUCUUGAUGGUGGAUAAGCUUGGGAGGAGCGCCCAGAAAAAUCCAUAGCAUUAAAACUAAAAUACGUCUAUUUUUAAUUUACAUGUUACACUAGUUGCGAGCAAGAUACAACUAUGGAGUACACGUAUAAUCCAUUAGCGAGCUCCCAGAAGCUUAAAAUUAGAUCGUUCAGGUUCUUCAACGACUAUGACGUUGUUUACUUUUACUGCGAGUUGUUGGCUUGUUACAAAGGCAGUUCUAAUUCCAGGUAAGUCUAUUGUAAACCCUGAUGUUACACCGAAGAAGAGGCAGUUCUAAAACCGCGGAAAACCGAGUAAAACUCUACUGUAAUUCCAUUCUCGUUUUGUAUUGCAAUGUUCUGGCUGUAUUUAGCAUCUUAAAGGUGAUAAGCUUGGUAAACAGGCAACUGUAAUGACGAGGCCGUUAUUACCUAGAAGUUAUAAAAAAAAAAGAACGAACGAACAUAUCUUGAAAAGACAGGAUCUCCACUCUCUAAAGGACGGAUAGUUUGGCGGUAGCAAAAUUUUGAGGGUUUAUGGCAGAUGUACUAGUGGCGAGUAUGCAUAGAUGUGACUGAAGCUGAAAAAAAAUUCGAUGAUUUUUAAACCGAAGGUUUUGUUUAUAGAUGCAGCAGGGGUUGUUUGAACUGCAAAAGAAGAAAGAGACGAGACGCAGUUGAGGACGAAAUAUGA